ACAAAAUUAGGGUUUCAUCAUAUAGAGAGCAGAGGAAUCAAUGGCUUCGAAGGUUUCACUCCGGGCAAAAGGCAAGACAACGAAGGGAUCGAAGGCGGAAUCUGAAGGAUCAGUAGGGAAAUGCGUUAAAGAAUGGAGUACUUGGACUAUGAAGAAAGCGAAGGUCAUCACUCACUAUGGUUUCAUUCCUCUGAUCAUCAUUAUAGGAAUGAAUACUGAUCCCAAACCUUCUCUAUAUCAGCUCCUUAGUCCUGUUUGAUCUGAUCCUUGUCUUCAGUCUUACAGUAAGAAGAAUCGUCUUUUUUUACUAAUUUUGCGUACUUUGAACCAUGUCUAUUCGUCGAACUUACAAAUAUUUUGAUUGUAUUUGUAACUGGUUCGUGUUUUAACUUUCUUUGAAAUAAGCCGGUUCAUCUUGUACUCUUUUUUCAUUUGUUUUUUUAUUAUGGGUUGUCUUUGAAAUGAGUGAUUCCUAUAUGAAAUAAAACUGUCAUAUUGGAACAA